CUCACUGACACUCCAACCAGGCGCAGAGGCAGGACGAGCGAAACUCUCUCGAACCGACCGUGGAUAUUUUCUAUCGAGAUAAAAACAUUUAAAACUUUUAUUUUUCUUAUCGUUUCUUUUCCAGGGAAGGAGAUUACAAAAUUUUAAACCACCUGCUGAAAGUAAGAAUUUUAGAUUUGAAUGUCUCUUUCUCAAACAGGACCGACCAUGUGGUUGGUGGAUGUGUGAUUUUAUACAUUUUCACCACGGGGUUUGAUUUGGCUUCUCAACUAUAAACUUGUUGUUUUUUUUCACUUUGGAAGUCCAGAAAAAUGUCAAGUGUCCGCUGAGCUGCUGUUGGAAGAAGUUUAUCUGAAUAUUUUACGGGAGACUUCAGAGGUAAAGUCGGUGAUUUUGGAGUCGUUUCUUUUUGCUUUCAAACGUGGGAUCGGUGCGUUCAGUCGAGAUGCUGAAUCUGCUGGUUGGACUGUUGUCCCUGCUCACUGGACACACGGCGCGAACCCAGGAUGCCACAGGUAGCCGCUUCGUUUGUAACGCCAUCCCCCCGGGCGCUGAGCCGGGCUGCGGAUACGUUUCUACGGGGAACCGCGUCCAGAGCAGCAGCCCCGGGGAGGACGAGCUGCGGAACACGAUCCUCCAGCUGCGGGAGACCAUCCUGCAGCAGAAGGAGACCAUCGUGAGCCAGCAGGGGACCAUCAAGGAGCUCAACUCCAAGCUGGCGCGCUGCGAGGCGGCGGCCGAUGUGUCGCCCCAGGGCAAGUCCCGGGGUCAGGGCUCCAGGCGGAAGGAGUUCGGCAAGAACACCAUGGGGGACCUGCCCCGGGACCCCGGCGAUUCCGUAGACCAGCUCGGCAAGACCAUGCAGAGUCUCAAGGGUCGGCUGGAGAACUUGGAGCAGCAAAGUUUGCGUCUCCCCAGCACAAACGUGUCAGCUGGAGGUGUCUCUGCCCUGACUCCCCUGCCUCCCGAGCUGCGGGAGCUGCUGCGGCAGCGUCUCGGGGCGCUGGAGACCCAGCUCCUCCGGAAGGUGGCUGAGCUGGAGGAGGAGAAGAGCCAGCUCUACAAUGAAACAGCGGCCCACCGCCAACGCACAGAGAGCGCUCUCAAUUCCCUCCUGGAGAGGAUCACUGAGCUCGAGAAAAGUAACAAUGCCUUCAAGUCACCUGAGGAUUUCAAGGUGGCCCUCCCUCUUCGUACCAACUACCUGUACGGCCGCAUCAAGAAGAGCCUCCCAGAAAUGUACGCUUUCACUGUGUGCAUGUGGCUCAAGUCCAGCGCCAGUCCCGGCAUCGGCACCCCGUUCUCCUACGGCGUGCCGGGCCAGGCCAAUGAGAUCGUCCUCAUCGAAUGGGGGAACAACCCCAUUGAGCUGCUGGUCAAUGACAAGGUGGCCCAGCUCCCUUUGUCAGUGAGUGAUGGGCGCUGGCAUCACAUCUGCAUCACGUGGACAACCAGAGACGGCUUCUGGGAGGCGUACCAGGAUGGCGAGCGUCUAGGCACCGGGGACAACCUGGCCCCCUGGCACCCAAUUAAACCUGGAGGGGUGAUCAUCCUGGGACAGGAGCAGGAUGUAGUCGGAGGCCGCUUCGACGCCACGCAGGCCUUCGUGGGCGAGCUGAGCCAGUUCAACAUGUGGGACCGGGUGCUGCGGCCUGUGGACAUCGUGGGUCUGGCCAACUGCUCGGCCUACAUGCCCGGCAACGUGGUUCCGUGGAUUGAUGCUAACGUGGAAGUGUUCGGUGGUGCGAGUAAAGCCGCUCUGGAGAUCUGCGAAGAUCGUGCUUUUGAGUCCUAAAGGAUCUAAUGUAAACCAGCUUGGCCACUGGGACUGAGGAGCUAAGUAUUCUGAACUGCUUGCUGCUUCUGUCAAAUCCCAAAGGACAAGGCAUGAGUGCAACAUUUUUUACAUAUGAUCAGACUGUGUAGUUUACUGGGCUCACAUGUUGAUGUGUCUUUCCAAACCGAAUCCUAAAGACUUUACAGGAUUGCCACGACGCGACCUACUGUCAUUCUGUGUUCUCUCUUCAGUAGAUCAGCUUUCAUUUGACUUCUCUCUGAAAACAGCUCUCUUUUUUUUGUUGCAAUCCAUACACUGACAAUACCGCAGUGUUUCCGUAGUGAAUGUGAGCUCAAACGGACUUUGAUGCGCGAUGGAAGACAUCUCCCGAGUGUUACAGAGCACGCCAUGCUGUGAGCUUCCUCGUUGUUUGAAGAGCAAUGAGGCACCGAAACCCGAAGCGGAGAAAGAAAUGAGGCGGACGCUCUGGAGUUCAAAGUGGCCAAGAACAAACCCUUUGCUGUUGAUUAUAUCGAGGCGUCCCAACAUGGCAGACUGUCCAACUCUCCCGCAUGAGAACCGAGCGGAGAAUCGAGGUCCAGUUCAGAAGUGACAGUGCAUGCUUUCUGUCAAUACCCAGGGUGUGUGGGGGGGUGUGUCCAAACAAGCCAAUGGAGCUUGCUGACAAAAUUAUAUAAGCGUGUGUGUGGGUGUGUGUGUGUGUGUGUGUGUGUGUGUGUGUGUGUGUGUGUGUGUGUGCUCCAUGUGCGUAUGGCUUGUCUUGCGUGUAAAAAGACCAGAGAUUAUGAGGGAGGGAGGACAUUUUCAUUCUUGUAAAUCUAUGCUUAAUACCUCUCUCCCCCUUGAGCAGAUGCCAUAUCCCAAACAGCUUUAUAGAUGGGCUGGCUCUGCUCAGGUUAAUAGCGAUGUCGGACAGCUGCCCAGGACUGGCGUAUCGACAGCGGCGUGGACGCCAGCCGAGCGCCCAGUGAGGGCAGGGCCAUCGGCUUGACCUUCAAGGACAAUCCUUAAUCCCUCAUCUGGGUAUUAAUUAUCUGUGUUUUUGAAUGAUUUUGGCAGCGAGCAGCCCCUGGGCCCCUCAGUGUUUCUCUCUGCUAAGAGUGUCACAAUCAAUCAAACAUUGAGAUUGAGAAGUCAAAUGAGAUCCGCACUAUAAGGACAUGAUGAAUGUCACCAUCAGAUGCACUUUGAUGUGUAUCGCCUCUCACAAAAAAAAAAAAAAAGAGAAUGGUUUUGAACCAUGAAUAUAAUAUAUUUUUAAAAAGAUAUAGGGAAUCAAUUAAUUCUGGCACGGCUUAGUGAAUAAAAAUGACGCUUUUCGCUGCUUAUUUUCUGUCGGUCCUUAAUGUUGUUGUGGACAUUGGUUUCAGUUUGUUUCUGAUAAACAGUGUGAAAUAUUGAAAGCAAAGCCUGGUGCUGAAGCCCCAUAAGAAAAUGAAUAUAGUGUAAAAAAGAGGCAACAUAGACGUUAACUUCGGUUUCACAUCCAGAACUUCUUCUCCUGGUGGACUUUCCUCACUGAGUAGACAAUAGUAUAAAAGUCACUGAAAAAGCUUCUUAUCUACAUAUGAAAAAAAAAGCGACCUCUGAUGCAGUAGGUUACUGGACAGCACCGAAUGUUACAAAAGAGUCACUCAACAUUAGGACUAGAAUAUGUCACCAACAUGUUGUGAUUGUUGCUCUUCUGAGUGUCUUUGUCGAAACUAUUCUGAUGUAAACUCGAGACUUUUCUUUCCUGUAGCAAAUGUAUUUUUCUUGUUUUUCUGCUCAUGAUUUUUGUCCAUCAGCAGCUCGUUAUGUAAAAAAUAAGCAGAAGAACUUAAAGAAUUGCUUCGUCUAAA